GCUCCAUCGCUCGGCUCGCCUGGCAGCCCUCUGUUCUCUCGCUCGAUUCCUCUCCCAUUCGACAAUCUCCCUCCUCCCGUUCCCCAAAAUCCAUAGCAUUGAAAACCCUAAAUCGUAGAUCGGUGGCCGGAGUGGCGGGGACGGAGGGCGAACCGGCGGAGGCACGACAGGAGCGAGCGCCGGCAGGGGGCCGUGGCUGUGCGCUCCCGUCCUCCCGCCGCUCGCGCUCGGUGCUCGGCCGCUGCGCGGCGCGCGGCUUCGCCCGUGCGGCGCCGCGCUUGGUGCUGCAGGCUGCCCGGCUGCUGCAGUGCCGCGCUGCGUGCUGGCCUGGCACCUAGCGCGCUAGGCGCAGCCAGUCCGCAAGGGGCCAGGGACGGGGUCACGGGGUUCACAACCAGUAGAGCCAGGCUAGCUGCUGCCAGUGAACCAGAGGACAGAGCCACAGAGGUUUUAGGAACGCAAUAUGUCUUCCGAGGAGCUGAGGACAAGCUUUGCAGAUUUGGUAGUGGGUUCGCCAAACCAGACAGCGGGCCAAAAUAAUUCUUCAGGUGUUUCAUCGUCCGAGGAGGGCCUGCAAGUCACUUGUUUCACGGAGGACCUUCAUGAUGUCACACUUCAUUUUCAGAUAGUUAGGCUCUCGAAACAGAUCUAUGCGUGGGUUGGAUGCAACACGGCAAAAUUUGGCCAUUUGUAUGCUGCUGCAACCACUAGGCCGGACAACAGAGUGAGCGUCACCUCUGUACUAGGAGGAACUUCUGACAACACCGGAUCAGGCAUGGCCCGUCGUCUAGUGCUGAAGACCGGUCUGAACAUAGUCCUUGCAUGCAACAUCCCAAAAGACAGCCCCAUGCUCGAGGCUGCUGCGGAGAGGAAGCUGGUAGAGAAGCUGAAAGGUUUGGGCUACAUGAGACCCGUAGCUGGGGAGGCUACUACUUCCACUGCACACUGAUGGGUGGUGUGAUCUGGUGAGGUUUCGGUCUCAAAGGCGUAGUUUCACCAUUAAUUAGAUGUAGGAGGAUCCGAGGAAGGCUUGUGAUUUUUGCUGGGCUCAAUUGAUUGGGCAUCUGUAUGCUGUUAUGUGGCAGAAGUAUUCCAGCCGUCCAGGGCUUGUGCACAACGACAGCCUUCCUAGAACGCAAAUUGAUCAAUGUCUUGCAUGACUGAGAGUCAGCUUCUGACCAUGGCGGUUUGUAUUCAGAUCGCUGAGCACCAUGCCUGCGCUGGGCCAGAUCGCAAAUCGAAGUUUCUGGGCAUUUUUCAGGCGUUAGAUGGCCGCUACGCGGGGGAACAACAGAUUUACUUGAUGAAAUCCAAGUUGCGCUUUUAAUUCUGAUGUGCAUCGAUCUACUUAUAAUAAAUAAAAGAAAACUACUGCUUGUUGCAUUUU